UGAGAGCCGGAGCCGCGGCCGCCCGUCUGGAGCUGCGGCGGGGGAGCCUGCGUGGCGAGCGGAGCUGCGGGGCCGGGAACAGGUGAUCGCAGCGGGAGCCCCGCGCCCUCCCGAGUUGCGGCCCCCGAGCCCGCGCUUCUGGGCGCAGCGGCGGCCUCCCAGCGCUGGGCUGAUCGAGGCCAGCCGCAGGCUUCGCACGCGCUUCCCGGGCAUCCCUCUGCCCGCGCGAGCAUCCGGAGCCCCCGGGUCCCGCGCAGCCUCGGGAGCGGCAGCUGCGCGCGGCGGAGCAAAGUUGUGGACGGGUCCCGACCGCCGGGCCCUGCUCCGUCACCGGCGGCCGGGCGCGCGCUCCAGGAGCGGCGCUGGCGCUGCAGCCCCGGGGGCUCCGGUGGCAAACUGCUCCAGAGGCUGAAACUUCGGGGCCCGGCGGGUCGGGGCCUGCGUCCUGCGUCCCCUCGGCGAGGGCGUCGCGGACGGGAUGUGACGGCUCCGGCGCGGGAAGAGCGGGAGGGCGCGGGUUCCGCGGACCAGGCGGAGGGCAGGCUGCGGCGCACGGCGGGCCCGGGCUCCAGCCGAGCCGCCCCCCUCGCCCGGGCCCCGCCGCGACCGCCGCGCCCCCGCCCCCGCCCCCGCCCCCGCGCGGGAGGACUUGCUCCAAACUCCCUGAACUUCGGGCGGCUCCCGGAGCGGCGGCCUCGGGGUGCGCGGCCCUACCCGGGGACCCCGGCCGCUGCGCUUUGGCUUCCCACCCUUGAGGACUCCGGGGGGCCCGUCCCGGGCGGAGCUGACCGCCCCCCGCUGCUGGCCGCGCCGCGAUGCUCGUGAGGAAAGUGCCGGGCUUCGCCCCGGCCUCGCCGUGGGGGCUGCGGCUGCCGCAGAAGUUCCUCUUCCUGCUCUUCCUCUCCGGCCUCGUCACCCUCUGCUUCGGCGCCCUGUUCCUGCUGCCCCACUCCUCCCGCCUCAAGCGCCUCUUCUCGGCCUCGCGGACCCAGCAGCCCGGCCUGGAGGUGAUGGCCGAAAUCCCCGGACACCACCCGCUGCCCGAGCAGGAGCCGCCUCCCAACCCUGCCCCGGCCGCGCCGGCCCCGGGGGAGGACGGUCCCGGCCGCCCGGUCGGUGUCCUCCACAGGAGAGGCUGGCUGCGGCGCACCCGCCCCACCGGGCCCCGGGAGGAGGGCAACAGCGUCGCGGCCCCUCGGCCGCGCGAGGAGAGCGUCCGCUUCAGUUUCGACUACAACGCUUUCCGCAGCCGCCUUCGGCACCCGGUCUUGGGGACAAGGACUGACGAGAGCGAGGAGUCCCAGAGUCUCGUGCGAGCCCAGCGAGAGAAAGUCAAAGAGAUGAUGCGGUUUUCAUGGCAGAACUAUCGCCGUUAUGCGAUGGGCAAGAAUGAGCUCCGGCCACUCACAAAGGACGGCUACGAGGGCAGCAUGUUCGGUGGCCUCAGUGGGGCAACUAUCAUCGAUUCUCUUGACACCCUCUACCUCAUGGAGCUGAAGGAGGAGUUCCAGGAGGCCAAGGCCUGGGUCCAGGACAGCUUCCACCUGAACGUGAGUGGAGAAGCAUCGCUGUUUGAAGUAAACAUCCGGUAUAUUGGAGGACUGCUCUCGGCCUUCUACCUGACGGGAGAAGAGGUGUUCCGAGUCAAGGCCAUCAAGCUGGGUGAGAAACUGCUGCCAGCCUUCAACACUCCCACGGGCAUUCCCAAGGGUGUCGUCAACUUCAAAAGCGGUAGCUGGGGCUGGGCCACCGCGGGCAGCAGCAGCAUCCUGGCUGAGUUUGGAUCCCUGCACUUGGAAUUCCUGCACCUCACCGAACUCUCGGGGAACCCGGUCUUCGCAGAAAAGGUCAAGACUAUCCGCAAGGUCCUCAGGGAGAUUGACAAGCCCUUCGGCCUCUAUCCCAACUUCCUCAGCCCAGUGAGCGGAAACUGGGUGCAGCACCAUGUCUCAGUCGGAGGACUAGGGGACAGCUUUUAUGAAUAUUUGAUCAAGUCCUGGUUGAUGUCUGCCAAAACAGAUACAGAGGCGAAAACUAUGUACUACGAAGCCUUGGAGGCCAUAGAGACCUAUCUGGUGAAUGUCUCUCCUGGGGGCCUCACCUACAUUGCCGAGUGGCGAGGGGGAAUUCUGGACCACAAGAUGGGACACCUUGCCUGCUUCGCAGGGGGCAUGAUCGCCCUCGGGGCUGAGGACGCCAGGGAGGACAAGAGGGCCUACUACCGAGAGCUUGCCGCCCAGAUCACGAGAACGUGCCACGAAUCCUACGCCCGCUCAGACACCAAGCUGGGGCCUGAGGCCUUCUGGUUCAACUCUGGCCGGGAGGCGGUAGCCACACAGCUGAGCGAGAGCUACUACAUCCUGCGGCCCGAGGUGGUGGAGAGCUACAUGUACCUGUGGCGGCAGACACAUGACCCCAUCUACCGGGAGUGGGGCUGGGAGGUGGUGAUGGUCACACCCACUCCAGCAAGGCCACACCUCCUAAUCCUUCUCAAAGAGUUCGGCUUUCUUCGACUAAGCAUUCAAAUAGAGGAGCCUGCGGGGCCCCAUUCUUCUUUAAACUGCCACACAGGGCUAGACAGCAAAGACAAAGGCCCUGGAGAAACACUGCCGGACGGAAGCCGGCUUCUCCGGGAUCCAGGAUGUGUACAGCAGCAACCCCAACCACGACAACAGGCAGCAGAGCUUCUUCCUGGCCGAGACGCUGAAAUACCUCUAUCUUCUGUUCUCUGAAGAUAACGUGCUGUCGGAGGAGGACUGGGUGUUCAACACCGAAGCCCACCCACUGCCCGUCAACCACUCAGACAGCUCGGGCGUGGCUGGGCACCGCCACUGACCCUCCGUCUCCGUGCCCGAGUCUCAGGGAUGCCUCUCCUUUCUUGGGAUCCGGGACCGUUCUCAGAGCGCUGGGGACGGGAGGCCCACGGCGGGCAGCCCCUGGGUGGACGCGUCAGACGGGCGACUUGUUUUUCCUCUGUGAGGAGACAGGAGCAGGUGAUGCAGCAGCAUCGGCCCGGGCCACGGUCCCCGGGCCCGCACGUGCGGUUCCUCUCCACGGGGGGACUUCUGCGCCCCCACACUCGCUGUCACAGGGCCAAAGGACUGGAGGCUUGCGUGCCCACCCCAUUGUGUUUGAUUCGCUUCCUUUUUCCGUUCCGGGAGUUCGGUCUCGCUGGAUUUUGGCUUCGUCCCCACCCCGCUCCCAUUUGAGUUUUCUGACGAUUAUAAAUAUAAUUUUCGAAAUCACGCGCCUUCCGAAACUGCCUAACCCGAGGGGGCCGUGAGCGUCCCGUACACGCGCGCUCUUGACCCAUCCGUCUCUUAUCGCCUGUUACCCAACCUUGCCCCUCCCACCAAGUGUCAUUUACUUUAUCAUUCGAGGAGGCGCCUCCCUUUAAUUUGGUCCCAAAUGUUACAAAUCACUAAUGCUAUUUUCAUUACUGUAAUGGAAAAAUAUGUGACUAGAAUAAAGGACUCUAUUGAAUAAGAAA